GAAGCAGAGCGAAGGGAGUGAAGGCAGGAACAUCCAGGAACAUCUUCAGCGUUUUUUUUUCUGACAGGAGAGAGCUAUUAUCAGAGGACCUACGCUCUCUUACAUAUUUAUCGCGUUUGGACCAGGCCUCCUCUUUGUACGCGUGUGUUUGGUGUGAGGCGAGACCAUGUGGCGGGCCGCAGUUGGACAAAACGUGAACCUGAACGUGGAUGAUGGAGGAGAUGACUGGGAAACAGACCCAGACUUUGAGAAUGAUGUCUCAGAGAAGGAGCAGCGUUGGGGAGCAAAGACAGUGGCAGGUUCAGGACACCAGGAGCACAUCAAUAUCCACCAGCUACGUGAGACGGUCUCCACAGAGCACACCAAACUGAAGGAGCAGGAGCUGGACUCAAUGCCCAAAGCCUCACAUGGAUAUGGGGGCAAGUUUGGAGUGCAGCAGGACCGCAUGGAUAAGUCGGCUGUGGGUCAUGAGUACCAGAGCAAACUGUCCAAGCACUGCUCCCAAACAGACACUUCCAAAGGCUUUGGAGGGAAGUAUGGUGUGCAGGCCGAUCGCGUCGAUCAGUCGGCUGUGGGUUUUGAAUAUGCUGGAAAAACAGAGAAGCAUGCUUCACAGAAAGACUACGCAGCUGGUUUUGGCGGGCGGUACGGUGUUCAGAAGGACCGAGUGGACCAGAGCGCAGUGGGAUUCGAUUAUCAGGGAAAAACUGAAAAACAUGAAUCACAGAAAGACUAUUCCAAAGGAUUUGGAGGAAAGUUUGGAGUGGAGACUGACAAAGUGGACAAAAGUGCAGUGGGCUUCGAGUAUCAGGGCAAAACGGAGCGCCACGAGUCCCAGAAAGAUUAUGUGAAAGGUUUUGGGGGUAAGUUCGGAGUGCAGUCGGACCGCCAGGAUAAGUCUGCUCUGGGCUGGGACCAUCAAGAGAAAAUGCAGUUGCACGAGUCCCAGAAAGACUAUAAACGUGGGUUUGGAGGGCAGUAUGGGGUAGAGACAGAGAGACAGGACCCAUCGGCUUUGGGCUUUGAGCACAAGGAGAAACUGUCCAAACACGAGUCUCAAACAGAUUAUUCAGUUGGAUUUGGAGGGAAGUUUGGAGUCCAGAAUGAUCGUAUGGAUAAGAGCGCAGGUACAUUUGAAGAUGUGGAGAAACCCACUCCCUCCUAUCAGAAAACCAAACCUGUGGAAGCUGUUGGCAGCAGUGCAGGCAACAUAAAAGCUCGGUUUGAGAAUAUCGCUAAACAGAAAGAGGAGGAAGAUAAGAAGCGGGCGGAGGAAGAGAGGGCAAGACGUCAGGCCCGAGAGAAGAUCGAGCAGGAGGAGCAGCGGCGCAAAAUCCAACAGGCUCCAAAAGCACCGUCCCCUGUGCACAGUCCCUCCCCUCAGCCAGAGCCAGAGCCAGAGUCAGAGCCAGAGGAAAACUUGUACCAGAACAUCCAGGACGUGGAGGAAGCGUCUGGGGAGAACGGGCAGAUAUACGAAACAGAGCCUGAACCAGAGAGCAACUACCAGACUACAGAGAUUCAGAACUACGAUUGUGGAGAUGACCUGGGAAUCACAGCAGUGGCUCUGUACGACUAUCAGGCUGCUGGUGACGAUGAAAUUUCCUUUGACCCUGACGACAUUAUCACAAACAUCGAGAUGAUUGAUGAGGGCUGGUGGAGAGGCAUCUGUCGUGGUGCUUAUGGUCUGUUUCCUGCCAACUACGUGGAGCGGCAGUAACAGCACCCCCUGUAGUUCAAACUCCCCCUUGCACCCCAAUACUACAUCUGUUUGUCUCAUUCAUGUUUGAGUUAUAGCGCUAAGACACUGUGAGACAUCCUCAGAUCUCCAAAUGUUUCUGCAGUAAGUAAUUUAAAAAUAUGGGUUAAAAUCCAGCUUAAUUAUGUUUUUAAACUAAAAAAAAAAAAGAAAAAAAAAAGUUGCUAUUUUUGCCUAUUCUUUAUAUGCAUAUUAGGGAUUUUAAUUUUCACCAAAGACCAGAAUGACAGGAUAGUGGGACAUAUGUUUUCAAAUACUCAGUUAAACAAUAUAGAAAUUCCCAUUGCAAACCCAAUUUCUAAAAAGUUUGGAUCAAUGUGUAAAAAUGUGAAAACUAAAAUUUAAAAUAAUUUCUUGUACAUAUCAAAACAUAUAUUCAAGGAACAAAUGCUUGUGCUAGCAUUUUUAUUGUAAAAGAGAUGGGGUGCUUCCCAUCAUAGACUGUAUAUAUAAAUGGACAUGGCUAACAUACUAGCUGCUUCGAGCUCUGGUUCCAAUUGACUUUUAUUGAAAAAAAAAAAAGUCACCCCUCUCUGUAACUGCUGCUGUCAGCCUCGCCAUUUUGACCGUAAAAUGUUCGUAUUAACCUGCUCUAUAUGAUCUUGGUAUUAUGAUUAUUAUUUCGAUAUUUUGUCCCUAAAUCAUGAUAUGAACAUUAAUAACCAACCAAUCAGGUGCCUUCUUUCCCCAAGGUCACUCCCACCCCCCAAGAGCCCACCCCCUGAUUGGCUUUUUGGUUGUACACUUGGAUUCCCAAAUAUGGGACUUGGUUGCAGAUAGCCUCUAUAUCUGAGUGUCGACAAGCUUCAUUUGGCUGGAGCAGAAUGCUAUGGCUGACAUCACGCUCCCUUACUCCACCUUUAUAUACAGUCUAGGCUUCCCACUUGUAUGUUCAUUAAUAUACAUUUUAUUAUGCAAACUACUUAUUUUUAGAUCUUACACAUUGUUCAAAGCUGUUUGAAAAUUAUAUUUGCUCAGAGUAUAAAAGUACACAUUUACCAUGGGUGGACCAAUACUUUGCAAAGCUCUUCCUAGUUCUAGUUGCGCUAAAUUUUCCACUAAAAUUGCUGCACUUAAACUCUCUGAAAAUGACAUGCUUUUUUUUUUAUAUUUAACCAUUCGAUGCAUCAUAGGUUAAAUAGUGUAUGCAUAAGGGGCCAAUAACAUGGACAAAAGCUCAAAGUACAUUUUAUAUUUUAUCAUUGUUAUAAUCAUGUACAGAAGAAAAUGAACUGAUAACAUGGAUAUUAGGCUUCCUCCUUGUAUUUUGCCGAAUGCAUUUUUGUCUAGUGUGAUUGUACCAAGUUCAAAAUACAGUGUGUGGUGGGUUACAAUGGAAAAACAACACUAUUAAUUAACAAAAAUAUUCAGGGUUAAGAAAAGAAAUGUUGUAUUUUGAUAAUAAUUUUAAAGUGUAGCUGCAUCCUGUUCUGUGUGAGCGAGUGAGGCUGUUGAGUUCUAUAAUAAAGUGUCCUUUUCAAAUGAUUAUUUUUAAUUGUACCUUGGUUUGCUCUAGUCACACAUUACAGGACUUGUUCAUCUUUUUUAUUUGAAUAAAUAAUUGAAAAUAUA